CCGCAGGCUGGCCGCGGCAGAGGCUCCAUGGGGUUGGCGCUGGGGCAGGGGCUGGCGCUGGGGUAAUGAGGCUGUGGGGCCUCUGGACCAGGGGAACAAGGAUGGUGGGGCCAGGCUGUCUGGCGAGGGGGUUGGGGGGAAAGGGCCUUCCUGCCCUGAGGCUUCUGCUUGAGUUGCUUAAGUGUGUGGAGUGCGCCCUGGGCUGGGUAUCCCUGCUGGUUUGGCCCUGCAUGGCCUGGCACUUUGUGAUCGCUUGUGGGCAGGCCUGGGCUAUUUUGGAGCCGACAGCAGGAUGUGAUAUCACUUGGGCGUUUAUUUAGACCCAGCUGGGGGUGGGGGCUGCGUUCUUGCCAACUUGAGUAAUGAAAUUUUGCAGGGGGUGUGGCUUCUUAGACAGCUGGGCUAUAUGGUUGUGGUCAGAACUUUUCAAGCUACCCUGAGUGGGCAGGUGAACAGAGGUCUGUAAAACUUGGUCUUACUGAGACCAGGAUGAAUCGGAGAGGAAUCGCCCUUACAAUGAUACUCUUGAUUAUUGUAUCUGGCUGUCUUAGACUCUGAAAUCUUGAUUAGACCAGCUCUAAAAAGUUUGACUUUGCCUGUGACCCUUGCACUUAAGUCUCAGGUGUUCCAUCUGUAAAAGGGAUGGUGAAUGGGGGUAGUGGUACCAAGGGGUGUCAUGAAGAUCAAGUGAGGCAUAUGCUUUGUAAACUGUCAACCUGCCUUUUGAGAGUCCCAGAGAGAAAGCUUCCCUGAGAGGGUACAGAGCAGGUGCCCAGGACUCGUCCACUCCCAUCUGGUUAAGAAGUGUGCCCACCUCUCCAGAAUCCCCAGUGCCAUCUUGCUUCUCCUCGGUGUGUGAAAAUAAGUUGGUAUGCCCAGAGAGGUGCUUGUGCUGGGGAACGUUUGAAUUUUCUGUGUGCCAUUUAUUAUUUAAGGUUGGACCCUGCUAGUGGUGCCUGAAAACAAAGUCAGCCAGCAUGUGGUGAGCCACGGCUGCUUUUCUCUGCGUGGAGCACAAAGGUCCUAGUUGAAAGGUUCUGCUGAGAGCUGGGGUCUGCUAUCAAGGGCUCUAGGAUGUUCUAGAACUUUGGAACAGGGAGUGAGACUAGAUAUCAUAGUCCCUGCAUCUUACAGUUAAGGUGAAAGUCAAGAAAAGCCAGGAGGGGGCUGGAGAAAUGGCUCAGCCGUUAAGAGCACUGACUGCUCUUCUGAAGGUCCUGAGUUCAAAUCCCAGAAACCACAUGGUGGCUCACAACCAUCCUUAAUGAGAUCUGACGCCCUCUUCUGGUGUGUCUGAAGACAGCUACAGUGUACUUAGAUUUAAUAAUGAAUAAAUCUUUAGGCCAGAGUGAGUGGGACCGACCGGAGUGGGCAACCUUUGUUCCCAGCAACCACAUUAAGGCUCACAACCAUCAGUACAGCUACAGUGUACUCAUAUACAUUAAAUAAAUCUUUUUUUAUGUAUAAAAGAAAAAAAGAAGAGCCUUGUUCCCAGCAACCACGUUAAGGCUCACAACCAUCAGUACAGCUACAGUGUACUCAUAUACAUAAAAUAAAUAAAUCUUUUUUUAUAUAUAUAAAAGAAAAAAAAAAAAAAGAAGAGCCAGGAGGGCCUGUCUCAUGGCCAUGUCUUAAGUCACUGCCUUGCUGGUACUACCUGCCCCUGGUGUGUAAAAUCAGUCUCUGUGUGUGCCUUGUGAUAGGCACAAUCCAUGGAGACUGCAUUGGGAAGGUAAAAGGGCUUGUUACCUGACCCAGAAGUGGAGGAGUCAGGACUCUAGUCCCUAUAUCUCAGGCAGUGACUGUCCCUUUAUUGUCAUCUUUCUAACUUAAAUUGGAAUAAAAAGUCUUAUCCUAGGACUGAUUCUUUAAAAAAAAAAAAUAGUCUUUUUAUUUUUUAAGUUGCAAGGCAAAAUGCCAAGGUUUUGUCCCCAGUUCUGGUGCUCAACUGCCAUGUGACUUCAGACAGCUGGUCUCCUGGUGGAGCUCUGCUUUUCCCUCUGAAGAAUGGGGGUGUUGAAUAUAUCUAUGUCUUGGGUCUUUGUAGCUGACAUUUGAGAUUCUCGGGCCACCUGUGCAUUCCUGUGCCCUACCAUUUAAAAGUAUGCCUGAUCAGAGUAAGGAGCAGUAAUGUGCUGAGUGCUGUCAGCUGUAUACUCAGGACAGCUGGGGGCUUUUAUGGGAGAGGGCCUGUGUGGGCUGGGAAGGCUUCCAGGAAGAGACAGUAUUUGAGCUGAGUCAGCAUACCAGACAUGAUCAGGCUUGUAUACAGGUGCAGAAUAUUGUGGGUUUUAAAGCUAUUCAUACUUGGUUCUGAUCAGUCUUGUCAUUCAAUGCCUGUGCUUUCCUCAUCUGGACUCUGAAAAAUCAUUUAUACCAUAGGAUUGUGGAGACAAUUAAAUAAGAUUAUGUACAUAUAAAUAAAAACCUGUACACAGUAGGCCCUUAAUAAAUGUGAGCUUUUCCCUCCUCAUAAUAUCUGGUCAGAUUUUUCUUUGUGGGAACAAGACAGCGCCAGCCUCUUCCCUCACCCUUGUGGUUGGGGUUCAAGUAAUGAGAUGUAGGAAUGUACCCCAACUGUAUGUAAGCAGUAGUAAUAGAAGUGGUGUCUCCAGGGCCUUUGGGGGCAUCAAGUAAUUCACCAUCAUUUUCCUGACCAUUGCACCUCACAACAGUCAGAAGCCAUUGAGGUUCUUCCGAUUUCAGUUAACUGUAAGAUGCAGGGGCCUGCAGAGGGACAUGCACCUACUCUGGGUCUGGCAGCAUGGCAGUGUCUGGGCAUCCUCAGGCCUCUGCUUCCUUUGCCCACAGCAUUACUUCAAAGGUUGCGGCUUCUGCCUGGUAGCCUGUCACUCAGUGCCUGUUCUGGCACCUGUUCUGGUUGGGUUUGUUUGACAUUUCCCCAGCCUCUGAGCUCAUCUCACAUUUAAAGGCUUGAGGUGGGGCGGGAACUUGAGUCAUCACCUUCCCUGGCUUUUCAUCCAGAGUAGCAACCAGACACUCCCUGAGGGCCACUGCCUGAUGGAGAUGCCACAUGCCCAAAUGUUUUCCUCCCAGAAGCUCCGGUGGACUUGGGAAACUGUCUCCUGGCUCUUGGCAGAAGGUUGCAGUGGUGUCUCUGAAUCGCCACUCCCCAGAGCUCCACACGAGAAGCUCCUGCCUAGUUAAGCCGAUACAUGUGUCUUGCUGUCCCCUCUGUGGUACAAACCGCUACUCCCUGAGGUUGUCUACACUGGCAAAUGCCACUGUCCAUGAAGUGCUGGCCCCAUCUGUAAGCUCAGCUCUAGGUUCAUAAACUUGCCUAAAGUGUGACUAGCUGGUCACUUCACCUUCUGUGCUUCCUCAUAUUGAUUCUUCAUAUUUACAGAUUCAGUUUCCUGAGUUCAGUCCCCAAAGAUCCUCUUUUGUCAGGUCUGGGGCAGGAGUGAGACCUGUCAAGGAGUCUGAAGCUGAAAGCCUGUUGGCAGCACUCUGAGAAAAGCCCACACUUAGUGAUAGACUACUUAUUCCUAUUGUCUGAUCCUGGACCGUUUUCUGUGCUUUGGUUUUCUUCCUGCCAGAGUAGGAUGGAAAUGCCUGCCUAUGUUGGGCGCUCCCUUGAGAAGUGAUAUACUACUGUCAGCCUUGUUUUGGGCAAGCCUGGUUAUUUGUAGCAGCAUGUCACCUUUCCCAGCUGAGCCCUCCUUAGCAGCAGGCACUAUCAGGGCAGGCCAGGCUAGGCUAAUGGCUGUGGGGUGGAACGCCUGAGCAACAGUGGACUCCAGUCAGCAGCAACUUGAUGAGAGAGAGGUGUGCAGUGUGAAGGCCAGUCAGGUUCCCAUUGCUGCCCCCAGGUCUCCCAGUGCUGGCUGAGGCUGUCUUCCCUCACUCGACCUGGGCCAAAAGUCACUGCUUUCCUCCCCAUCCAUCUCUGGAAGCCAAGGCUGCUUUAAAGGCAAUAAAACUGAAUCUAGAGCUAAAAGACAGCUGUUUGUUGUAACUUAGUAAAGAAGCAAGCUUGGGGAGUAAGAAAGACUAGGAUCCCAGAACAAGGCUGACAGAGCCAUGGCUUAAUCUCCCCCAGACCUCUUUCACCCCUUCGAUGGCUUGCCUCGUUUGAGGAUGAGCAAAGUGCUCCCAAGUGGUUUGACUGGGAUGAGCUGGGAGCUGACUUGGGUGUUGGGAAACCCUUCUUUUCCAGGGGCCUGCCCUCUCAGCCUGGGCUGGCUCCCGUGGCGUGAAAGGGGAAGAAGAGACAGACAAGUCCUCUGCUCCUGGGAGCUUGGGUUCUGAUGAGAGACAAGGCCUACAAUUAUGAGCGACUGUGUGACAGUCUGUAAUUAAGUGCCGCUGAGGAGAGGCAUUGUCUGAGGAGGAAGAAGUGAGUGCAAGCCAGAGCAACGAGAGCUCUUUGAGGGGGCAGAGGGUGGGGCUGGCAUUCUAGAGAAUGACUUGCUCAAGGCAGAGGGGUGGGGUUGGAAGUUAAUUUGGAAAGCUGAGUGUGCUUGCUGGAUCUGCUGACGCCUCAGGGCUCUGACUGGAAAGUCUGAGAGGGACCAGGCAGUUGUAGGUAGCAUUGAACAUCAGUGAGUACAGCUGCCUCGAGGAGUCCUGGGUGGUACAGAGCCAGGAGACUGGGAUAACACAACUGGGGGAUCCUUUCAAGAUGUUGAUUCGGGCUAGGAAUCAACUAGGAAUGGGUAAAAAUGACGGCAGGGAGGAGGCUCUGCUGUACCCAGGAAGAGGCCCUUGGGAGAGGUUAGGUGGGGCCCGUGGAUAGGAUAACAGAGGCUGUGCUCCGGAGGAGAGCUGAGCAGAGACUUCAGUUCCUGUGCUUGGGAUUUAGAGAAGGAAAUGCUGCUCUGAGCAUGCUCCUUGUGCACCUGCUUCAGGCAGGCUCUGAGCCAGCACCUCCAAAGACAGCCUCAUGAAAUCUGUGCAGCAAGCCAGAGGCAGGUGGACUUAUCAAACCCCGUCCUACAGAUAAGGGAAGUGUGGCUCCAACUCAAGCUUGGCAGACUUCAAGCUUUGGCUCUUCCCACAGUUCAGCCCUGCUGCUUAGAAAGGAAAUCUGUGCCUUAAGGGGCCAAAGGAUCUGAGCUUCUUGCCCCUUGAACAAGGGGCACAGUAGUCACAGAGCUCAGUUUUGUGAAAGACCAGCUUGCUUUGCAGAGAAACUUCCAGGUCAGCCAGAGCGAAACCUUUUAUUUAACAAAAGAAAAGAAUUGCCAUAUAACUGCUUUCUGCCAUUCCUUAAUGUCAGGGUUGGGUACUGGCUUAGAUCUCCUUAAAGUCAGAGAGUAUCCUUAUACCAUUUAGAAGCCUCCAGAGCUCUGCUACAUGUGUGUUCCAUGUCUGAGCCCCUUGGAAAUCCUAGCCAGAGGAGUCAGCCACUCCGAAGCUAGGAAGAGAGUAGUCAUAAGGUACUCACACAGAACCGCCAGAUAGCAUUUCCAAUGCUAUCCCAAAAGUCCCCCAUACCCACCCCCCGACCCCCCUACCCACCCACUCCCCCUUUUUGACCCUGGCGUUCCCCUGUACUGGGGUAUAUAAAGUUUGCAAGUCCAAUGGGCCUCUCUUUCCAGUGAUGGCCGACUAGGCCAUCUUUUGAUACAUAUGCAGCUAGAGACAAGAGCUCCGGGAUACUGGUUAGUUCAUAUUGUUGUUCCACCUAUAGGGUUGCAGUUCCCUUUAGCUCCUUGGGUACUUUCUCUAGUUCCUCCAUUGGGGGCCCUGUAAUCCAUCCAAUAGGUGACUGUGAGCAUCCACUUCUGUGUUUGCUAGGCCCCGUUCCCAGAAUCUUAACAGAGGUUGUUUAAAGAGGUUUUUCACAGUUCUCUGAGAUAGAGACAGCCUGAGAAACAUCACUUAGACUGUGCUGACCCUUUGAGGUGUCAUAGUUUACUAGAUUGCCAUUUGUCAGGUGCUGUCACAAAAACUUUCAGAGCUCAUGUGUGCUCAUUCCACUUUCUGUGAUACACAUUGCUUCUGGAUCUUUAACAUUUGUCUAGCCUGUUCUGCUUUGCAAAACUCUUAUCUACUGUUACCCCAUUAGACCCUUACAUGACCCUAUGCUACCCCAGUAGACCCUUAUGUGACCCUAUGGAGCCUACAGUUGUAUCUGUUUAUUCCAGAGGAGGACACUGAGGCUCAGUCACAGAAAGUGACUUGACCAAGGUGACUCUGAGCUGCUCAUUUAUUUAUUCAGCAAGUUUCUAUCGAGUGUUCCUGUGUGUGGCAGUGAGCCGGCCCCAGAGAUGCACUGGCAGGCAGAGCUUCCUCGGAGACUUAAAUUCUGGAGUAUGGCAGCAUCAGAAUACAGCAGGACCCACCUCGGAACUGCUGCCCUAGGCUCUGUCACUGAAGACCCCUCUGACUUGAACCGAGGGAUCCAGAGUUGCAGCCUGUGAACCCUGAGCCUGCAACAUUAAAGUAAAGCCAGUCAAGCACCUCUCUCAGAUUCUGCUCCGUGUGUCCCUGGGCCUACAGGGCCACAGCAGAAGUGUCAGCAGGACUCGCCAAUGUUGGGAUUGCAGGUUCAUCAUGCCUAGUGGCAUAUAAGAAGACCCCACCACCGGUCCCUCCACGAACCACAUCGAAACCGUUCAUCUCAGUCACCGUCCAGAGCAGUACUGAGUCUGCUCAGGAUACCUACCUGGACAGUCAAGACCACAAGAGCGAAGUGACGAGCCAGUCGGGCUUGAGCAACUCAUCAGACAGCCUGGACAGCAGUACCCGGCCACCCAGUGUGACACGGGGUGGAAUUACCCCAGGCCCUGAAGCUCCGGAGCCACCCCCUAAGCAUGCAGCUCUGAAGAGUGAACAAGGGACACUGACGAGCUCUGAGUCCCAUUCCGAGGCCAUCCCCAAAAGGAAACUGUCAUCGAUAGGAAUACAAGUUGACUGCAUUCAGCCAGUGCCAAAAGAGGAGCCCAGUCCCGCUACCAAAUUCCAGUCCAUCGGGAUUCAGGUAGAGGACGACUGGCGAAGCAGUGCCCCCUCUCACAGCAUGUCCUCCCGUCGGGACACUGACUCUGAUACCCAGGAUGCCAACGACUCCAGUUGUAAGUCAUCUGAGAGGAGUCUCCCAGACUGUACCUCACACCCCAAUUCCAUCAGCAUUGAUGCUGGCCCCCGACAGGCCCCCAAGAUUGCCCAGAUCAAGCGCAACCUCUCCUAUGGAGACAACAGCGACCCUGCCCUGGAGGCGUCUUCGCUGCCCCCACCCGACCCUUGGCUGGAGACUUCCUCCAGCUCCCCAGCAGAGCCCGCUCAGCCAGGGGCCUGCCGCAGGGAUGGCUACUGGUUCCUGAAGCUCCUUCAGGCAGAAACGGAGAGACUGGAAGGCUGGUGCUGCCAGAUGGACAAGGAGACCAAAGAGAACAACCUCUCUGAAGAAGUCUUAGGGAAAGUUCUCAGUGCUGUGGGCAGCGCCCAGCUCCUGAUGUCCCAGAAAUUCCAGCAGUUCCGCGGCCUCUGUGAGCAGAACUUGAACCCUGAUGCCAACCCCCGUCCGACAGCCCAGGACCUGGCAGGGUUCUGGGACCUGCUGCAGCUGUCCAUUGAGGACAUCAGCAUGAAGUUCGAUGAGCUCUACCACCUCAAGGCCAACAGCUGGCAGCUGGUGGAGACCCCCGAGAAGAGGAAGGAAGAGAAGAAGCCACCCCCUCCAGUCCCGAAGAAGCCAGCCAAAUCCAAGGCGGCAGUGAGCCGCGACAAGGCCUCAGACGCGGGGGACAAGCAGCGUCAGGAGGCCAGAAAGAGACUCCUGGCCGCCAAGCGAGCAGCGUCUGUGCGGCAGAACUCGGCCACAGAGAGUGCGGACAGCAUCGAGAUUUAUGUCCCCGAGGCCCAGACCAGGCUCUAAGGCCGUGAAGGAGAAAGCACUCAAUUUGAAAUCAUUAAAAACUCAAUGCAAAUGGAACAGCGUUUCUCACCCUUCAGUAUGGUUAUUAUCUCUAGAGACCCUGAGCCAACUUUCCAAUUGACACACACAAGGGCUCACAAUGUGGCUUUUCUGGGUCCCUCCGAGCUUUAGGUUAUGAAGACUUGACUCAAAAAAAAAAAAAUUAAAAAAAAUUAAAAACCACACUCUAGAACCUUUUCCCCUUGGGCUGCCAUGGCGGACCAGAUGACGACUUGGGCAGCCGCGGCCCAGCCUCCAGAUUGCGGUCUUUUUACUUGCUCUGUCUGCCGAGAACUAGCUUGUUUACAAGACGACGACAACAGUCCAAGGCAACCUUGGGCCCCUGCCAUGUCCCUCCCUCCCCUACAGCCCACAGCUUUUCUGUUUUCCUGCAGAACUCACAGGGGUCACCAUUGUGGCUUUCUGGUUCACACCCUUUGGGGCUGAGGACCCAGAGGACAGAGAGAAGGGCAGCACCCACCCACCCCAACCUCCCCACUAAGUGCUCACACACAGCUGGUCCGCCCUCCCUCCGCUGCCACACGCCAGCCUAGGCAGUGUCGGGCUGGACUGGCCUGGCCUCUGAGCAGAUAGGAAAGUACUGGUCCUUGGGGCACGUGGGGAAACCACGGCUACCAUGCUCCAGCCUCCUCUUCAGCAAAAGAAAAUGUAGGACUCCCAAGUGGCUUCCAGGGGGUUGGCUGUCCUUGGCCGCACCUUUAUCCAGUCCCCCAGGGGCAGGUGGCGGCUUCUGUACGUUUGUGUACAUAUGCACAUAGACCUUAGAGUGUAUAUUUAAUUAACGCCCAUCUGCUCACCCAAAGCCCACCAGCGCCGCCGGCUCUCGGGGUCCCUGCAGGAGGCGGGUGUGUGAAUAGCAUAUAUUUUUACAUGUACUAUAUCUAGGUGUGUGUACAAGUGUGUGUAAAAAUAUACCUUGUGUGUAAGCAGUCCCGUUUUUGGUUGUCCCCCUAGCCCGUCAGCCCAGCCUCUUGAGUUUUUCAUUCUGUUGUGAUUUUUCAUCCCAAUCCUCUCCUGUCCCCCACUCCCAUCCCCAAGGUGUUCUGAGCCCUGAGCUGCAAAGGCCUGGGCCCGCAGAGCAGGACGGGAGGGCAGGGCUGGGUCAGGCCGCCUGGAGGGGGCCGGACCCAGCAGUUUGGCGUAUCGGGCUGUUCUAUACUGUGCAUAUGAUUUGAGGGCAUUGGGGACAUUCUCUUGUCUGGCGCAUGCUGCAGGGUUUUCCCCCAGGUGAAGCAAAGGCCUGCUCUGGGGGCCUGUUCCAGCUUGGCCGCCCCCUCUGUGACCUUGGGCAAGUCACUUGACCUCUGUGUGCCUCAACUUCCUCCUCUGUAAAAUGGGGACAGUCCCUGCCCCUCCCUACCUCACAGGCAUGUUGUGAGAAUAAAUGAGGUAACGUGUAA